GGUGUUUUUAUACGCAAUCUUUUAUGUUUCCCAUCUCUAUUAUUGAUGCAACACAUUUGACUUAUAAAAUAAGUGGAAAUAUCAAUAAGUCUUAGUGAAACCAGCCAUGCAGAGUCUUAAAUCAGUUACACAGCUUUUCAAGCAAUCCCUGUCAGCGAGCAGCAUAGCAACCGUGAACACAGCCGGCCUUAAAUACUUCGCCCCGCCCAUCAAAUACCAAAAUGUGGAGCAGCCCGAGCGUCCCAAGCUAAGAAUCAUGGAGCGCCAGCCGCAGCUUCCGCCGAACAUCCGUCCGCCCAAGAUGCAGAAGCGCCUGCGAUAUAUGCGCGGCCCAGAGACGGUUCACAACACCUUGCUCCAUAAGCAAUACGCCAUUGUGGCAACCGGCGGAGGCCGUCUGCGCUGGGGCCACUACGAGAUGAUGCGCCUGACGAUCGGACGCAAAAUGAACGUGAACACCAUGUUCGCAACCUGGCGCGUUCCUGCCCCCUGGCAGCCAAUCACCAAGAAAGGUCAGGGCCAGCGUAUGGGAGGCGGAAAGGGGGCCAUUGACCACUACGUGACUCCCAUCAAGGCCGGACGCGUCAUCGUCGAGAUUGCCGGCCGGUGCGAGUUCGUCGAGGUCAAACAGUUUCUGCAGCAGGUAACCAAUCAGUUGCCGUUUCAGGCCACCGUCGUCUCCCAGGAGAUGCUGGACAAGCAGCGGGCAGCUGAGGAGGAGCACGCCCACCAGAACGAGAAUCCCUUCACCAUGAAGUACGUGAUCCAGAAUAACCUCAACGGGUGCCAUCGGUGGCUUUCGCCCGUCGAUCACAAGUGGUUUGGCAAACACUUGUAAUAGAAUAGAAUAUCUAUUCCCAAUAAACAACGCAAUUCUCUUUA